AGAUAUAACCGUCCUCUUUUGAAUGGAUGCGAAAAUGUAGAGAAAUGGGCUAUGCUGGUUCUCCACCAGCAUUCUUUUGUGUGCCAAUUGCUGGUUUAAGGGCAUGCUCUACAAAUUGCAGGUCUGUAGCCCUUAUUAAAGGAUUCAUCCAAAAUGCAAACGUUUUAGCUAAUGCUAGGGCACAGGCACAACCGCCCGGGGAACUCGAACCUGCGACACAAUUUGCAUCACUUGCCAAUGCGUUCGGUAGAAGACUGCUGGUGGGAGCCACAGCGGCCUCGGCUGUGGCACUGGGAGGAAAUCUUGGUGGCAUUACCAGCUUUUUGUUGGGAUUCGAACCCGAGAACUCUAGGAAGCUAAAGCUGGAUGUCGUGUACCCUGUCAAUGGUUACAAGAGAUGCUUCGACACCGUUAAUGGCUUUGAGUUUGUUUAUCCUUCUGCUUGGGUUGGUGAUCAAAGGUUGUUGUAUAGAGCAGUUGAAAAAGCAGAAAAGGAAAGAUUACUUGGUUUUCCACAGCUACAGGAUGGACUACGUCCACAGCAAAUGAGUGAGCCCGUUGUUGCAUUUGGCCCUCCUGGUUCAAAUGGGGAGCUAAAUGUUAGCGUUAUAGUGGCUCCAGUUCCAACCAAUUUUACGAUUGAAAAGUUUGGAGACCUCACACAAGUAGGACAGGUUAUUCUCAGUAAAUUCAUUGUUUUAAGGAGCUCAAACAUUACUGCAACGCUCAUAGAUGCAAAGAAAAAGGAUGACUAUUUUAAUGAUAAAAAAAUUACAUAUUACAAUCUGGAAUAUACUGUGCAAAGCCCAACUUUUUCUCGCCACAAUGUAGCUGUGUACACUACAUUUGCAGGGCAACUGUUCACUCUUAAUGCUCAGUCUCCUGAAGCAUUGUGGCCAACAAUGAAGGGCAAGUUCUAUGAGAUAGCAGAUUCUUUUAAGUUGAUCCUCUGAAAAGCAAUCAUGUCAUUUGAUGGUAUAUUGCAAGCAAAAUAUAUUUUGAUGCCUCAGAAAGCAUACUGGUGAUGGUGUGUAAUAUAAACUAACGGGAAGAUGGCUGAAAAUCUAAAGACUUUUAUAGAUCUCUACCCAUUUAUGAAAAACGUAAGUAUUAGAAAUCCUGCUUCGAUUCAAUUCACUUUUUUUCUAAUGCUAAAUGUGAAUUUAUAAGAUUUUAGUUUUGGAUUUGAGUGCA